GCGCGCCGACUCAAUAAAUUUUUCACUACAGUGGUUCCCUGGCUUGGGUUGCGUUGUCGCCCUAGCACAGCCUCAAUCCAUGUUAUCGCGUGGCAUAAUCCGCCUAGCCUCAACUCUAAUACAUGAACAGAAAGUAUUGAUUUGGCGAUCUGCACAUCAGCUCGACUCCAAGUUUUUGGUAUCUCUCAGGUGAUAUAGGCGAACAGCUGGUCCAUUGGAAGCAAGGCUUACCAGAGUUCUGGUCGUGCAGGAAACGUUGAGCGUCAAAAGUUGACAAUGUCCUGCUACACGUACGUUUGGCAAGCACGCUACGAUGUCUACAGAGACGUUUGGGCAGUUGCAGUGCUCAAAAGCUACCGAUGCGUGCGCCUGAUUGUUCAUGAGGCCAUCAUAAAAUCGAUUUUUGCUCAUGAGGUUGUAGAUUAUCAGGACCAUCUACAAGCCUCUGCAGCCGUUCUCAGAGACACUGUCAAUGGAAUCUGCUAUAGUGACCCGUAUCUCCUGGGCUACACCGAUAAAGAUCUCCAGAAUCCGCAGCGCAAUCACUAUACACCGUCAAAUUCACGUCCUAACCCUGGUGGGUACUUCCUGGUUUGGCCGCUUUUUCUGGCGGGCAUGACGCGCACGUCUUCACGAACGCAGAGAACUUGGAUCAGUGGGAUUCUAGAGCAUAUUGGGUUAAAGAUGGGAUUGAAGCUGGUAAUGUCGAUGUCGAUGGCAAUGGUGCUGGCGAAGUGUGAUCGCACACAGUCGGACGGUGAGACGUGGCUCAAUGGAGAUUUCAGUGCAUGGAUGCAGACCUUCUAAUUGUCCAGCAUCUAUCCACCGCACGGCAAGUACACUUUACUUGAAUUCUGUGAUCAUUUGUUCUAGUGCUCGAAAAUCGCACAUUCUCUGAGAUACUAAGACCUUCUUCUGUCCUUUGUGACAUGCCAUACGCACAACUCUUGAGUGCUUCGCCGAAGGCCUACUGCUCCAUGUCAGAAUGCCAAUACCUGGUCCGCUUUGGACCCGGUGCAAAUUGCACAUUUGAAAUACAAUACCAAAUUCGGCGACACAGAUUUUGUCGAACAAAGCUAAUUAAAAUACACAGCUGUGUGCAGUCGAAGAAAGCAUCUACCGCUACCACCCCUCGCUCCCCGCGAAUGCCGCCUUCGCCGCUCUAUUUCUAAUAGCCACGAUUGUACACUUUGUCCUUGGGCUGAGAUGGAAGACGCCGUGGGU